AUGCCCCACCCCCACGCUCCGAAGAAAGUAGCCAUCAUCGGUACGCACCCUCAACUCCGCCGUCCCCUCCCCCUCAACAUCCCCAAAUACUAUACUAUACUAACACAAUUAAACCCAGGAGCCGGCCCCUCCGGCCUCGUCACCGCCAAGACCCUCCUCCACAAUGCCCCCGGGGGAUUCUUCCUCCCCACAAUCUUCGAGAAAACCACCCGCAUCGGCGGGCUGUGGGCUUGCCCUGCAACAGACGGAGCAGACACCGCUCUGCAUCAGGCUCAGACCCAGACCCAGACCCAGACCCAGAGUCGCCGAAAAAACAGAGGCUUCGUGAACCCCGCCAUGCGCACGAAUCUCAGUCGGUACACGGUCGCGUUCUCGGAUCUGGGUUGGGAGAGCGUCCUCGGGGAGGGUGGGAGGGAGAUGAUGCCGAUGUUUCCGGAGGCGAGGCAGGUGCGCAGGUACUUGGACACGGAUGAUACCGGUACGCGGACGGAGCGAUUUGAUUACCUCGUUGUCGCGUCGGGGUACUUUGCUCGGCCGGUGGGGCUGGAUAUCCCUAUCUCUGGGUUCGAGGGGGAGAUGGUGCAUAGUUCUGCGGUGCAGGAGAUGGAGGAUGUGCAGGGGUUGUUGGAGCGGGUUCGGGUUGGGGGAUCUGGUGAUGCUGAUGCUGAUGCUGAUGCUGAUGCUGAUGCUGGAGGGAAAUUAGUGGUCGUGGGGGGCAGUAUGUCGGGCGUCGAGGCUGCGUCGGCGGUGGCCUUGCAUCUUUCUUCUUCUUCUUCGACUCCUGGCCAUGCGCCGCUCGAAGUCCAUCACAUCUGCUCACGUCCGUUCUGGACGGUGCCGACCUACUUACCCCACACAUCUCCCGACCAAGAAGCCCCCGGGACGGCGGUAAAUUUCCUCCCCCUCGACCUCGUCUUCUACGAUCGUGCCCGUCGUCCCCCCGGCCAGAUCGAGUACGCUGUCGGCCCGCUCGCGCCGGACCAGAUCUCCAGAUCGAAUGCCUGGUUCCGCCAGCUGCUGGGCAGCGAGUACGCACGGAUCGGGAGCUUUGGCGUCUGUCCGGAGGAUUCGGAGCUGCAACCCUCCUGGGUGGCCAUCGGCAACGACUACGCGGAAUACGUGCGCGCCGGGGCCGUCAAGGUCACCAUCGGCCGCGUCGCCCAUCUGAGCUCGUCGAACGAUCGCGCACGCGCACGUGUGGCAAUCAGCCUCCCAACCGGAGAAUCCAGCAUCCUGGACAACGUCGCUGCCAUCAUCCUAGCCACGGGCUUCACGCCCCGCGACUCGCUCGCCUUCCUCCCGCCCUCCAUCCUCUCGACUCUCGAAUACGCCCCAGACGACGCAUUCAUCCCCCUCGUCCUCGACAAUAAGGGCACCUCACACUCCGAGAUCCCGGAUCUGGGGUUUGUGGGCUUCUACCGCGGUCCCUACUGGGGUGUCAUGGAGAUGCAAGCGCGGAGUCUGACCGCGCGCUGGAGUAGAUCUCCGGCUGAGCAAUCGACACAAGACCGCUCCCCUACCCUCGCAAAGGAAACCGGACCCGAAACCGAGAGGGAGAAACUGCGCCGCCUCCGCCACCAGACCAAACACAGGAGCCAGUUCCCCAUGGGCGACUACGUCGGCCUCAUGGAGUCCUUCGCCAGGGAGCUGGGGAUUCCUCGCCUGCCUAUUCCAACCCCAACCCCAAACCCAAACCCAGACUCAGCUUCAGACCAGCAGCGCCCGCUCCUUGACCCCGUCAUACCGGCUAGAUAUCCCUACCCCUCCGCAGCUUCAGACCAGCAGCGCCCGCUCCUUGACCCCGUCAUACCGGCUAGAUAUCCCUACCCCUCCGCUUCAGCUUCAUCGUCAGGACCCGAUAACCCCACAAAGACCCUGAGUUCCCUAACCACCACCCUCGCCCCGACCCCUAGCAGAGCAUCCACUGGCGAAGCGCCAACAGCAACAGCAACAGCAGCAACAACAGCCAUCUUCCGCGCCCUACACGGCGCAUGGCACUUCUCCCGAACAACAACGACAACCACAACAAGACCCCACAAGAACGAACCCUCUGCUUCGCUAUCAGAACCGGAACCAUUGGAUACCAAAACAGAAUCACCAGCCACCGGCUCCGCUCUCUUCAAACCACGCUACACCACCCUGCCAGGCUACGAGCGCGAGUAUCUUUACACUGAGAUCGCAACAGAAACUGAAACAAACCCCAAGCCUCAGGAUCAGCCCCCGAGUCCACCGCACCAACCAGAAACCACAGGGCCAUCACGCAGUAGCGAUAGCAAUACCACUCUAGAGGAUGGGGUCAAGCGAUCCGUGUACCGGCUUCUCGGUGAUGGGGGCGGGGGGUCUGCGUUCAGGGACGGCAACUGCGAUCGGGGCGGAGGGAUUCAUGUUUGGGAUUGGAAGUGUGAUGCUGGUACUGAUGCUGGUACUGGUAGUGGGGAGGGUGUGGAGGGUGAUGGAGGUAGCGGCUGUCAGGAGGGGAGAGUACGUGCCCCUCCAGCGGAGCGGUUCUCGCAUGGUAUACAAGUCUCGCGGGCGAGUUUGGGGGGUGGGGCGUUCGAUGGUGGAGAUGAGCAUGAGCCGAAGGACGCAAGUGGAAGCGGGAGUGGACGGAGGUGGUAUAGGAUUUGUGGCAUUGGAAAGAAUACUGCUGGGUGGGGUGGUGCUACGUGGGAAUAUAUAUUUCAUUUAGAGGGGGUGUCCAUCAUACGGUGGGAGUGCGUGAGCGCGAUAGAACUGGAGUCUGGUCGGAAGCUCACGAGGACGCUUUAUCUACGCUGA